GAAAAUCUAUACGUAUACUCUCGUAUAGUCACAAAGACGAAUUUCUUUUGACUCUCUCUCUGGUGUCAAAAUUGUCGAGGGUUUGUGCUUUGGGCGCCAUGGAAGGCUCUUCUGCUCCGCCGUCGAUUUCAAACCAACAGACCGGCGGAGCCUCCAAGUUCCUCGCCGAUCUUCCCUCUCGCGGCCUGUUCUCCUCCACUGUCCUCUCUUCAAAUCCGGGUGGCAUGCGAGUUUAUAUUUGCGAUCACAACACAUCACCCCCAGAGGACCAGCUGAUAAAAACAAACCAAAUGAACAUACUGAUUAGGUCUCUUAUGCUUAAGAAACAGAAGGGUGAUUCCAGUUCAAAAGAUGUAAAGAGUUUAGCUGCUAAUGAGGCUUCUAGAAAGAGAGUCGCAGAAAGAGCUUUGGAUGGCAGGCCUUCAGCUAAGAGAGCCAUUACCAACAAUCAGGCUGGUACUCGACAAGAGGGAUCAAAAUCUCGUGGACCUGACAAGGAUUUCCAGAGUUUGACUGUAGAGAGACUCCGUGCUCUGUUAAGGGAGAAAGGUCUCUCCCUGAAAGGAAAAAAGGAUGAACUGAUAGCGCGCUUGAGAGGUACGAAUGACCAAGCGUAGUUUAGGCAAUGGAAGGAGGAACUAAUUUGUUUUCUGUACAACAUGGAGCGUCAGGAAAGUAGAUGAUUUUCUUGUGUUUGAUGUAACUUAGUGUGUUUUCAGUUUGAUCGAUUUCAAAGACCACAUUUUUGUAAAAUUGUAUGUUGCUAAUGUAUUAGCUCUUUUGGUGGAUGUUUAUUCAUGUUAACAAGAAACAAGUGGAUAUUUAAACGAAUUAUGUUUGGACAA